AUGGAGGUAAACUGUUUAACACUAAAAGACUUGAUCAGCCCCAGGCAGAGCAAAGUAGAUUUUGCCAUUGAAGAUGCAGAGACUGCACAGAAGGAAAAUAUAUUUGUCGAUCGAUCAAGGAUGACCCCGAAGACACCAAUGAAAACUGAGCCAAUUGACCUGUCCAAGCAAAGAAUCUUUACGCCAGAAAGAAAUCCUAUUACCCCAGUAAAGCCAGUUCAGCAGCAGGUGGAGCCGUGGACACCCACAGCCAACCUGAAGGUGCUCAUCAGCGCGGCCAGCCCAGACAUAAGAGACCGGGAGAAGAAAAAGGAACUGUUCAGACCCAUUGAGAAUAAGGAGGACGUGUUUGUGAACUCCCUGCAGCUUGACGUGGUUGGCGACGGUGUUGUGGAUGACUAUGAGAAGCAAAGGCCGAGUAGGAAACAGAAGAGCUUGGGGCUACUGUGCCAGAAGUUUCUAGCUCGCUAUCCAAGUUACCCCUUGUCAACGGAGAAAACCACCAUCUCCCUAGAUGAGGUCGCUGUCAGUCUUGGUGUGGAAAGGAGACGCAUCUAUGACAUUGUAAAUGUGCUGGAGUCGCUGCACCUGGUCAGCCGGGUGGCUAAGAAUCAGUAUGGUUGGCAUGGCCGGCACAGCCUCCCCAAAACCCUGAGGACCCUACAGAGGCUGGGAGAGGAGCAGAAGUAUGAGGAACAGAUGGCCUGCCUCCAGCAGAAGGAGCUGGACCUGAUGGAGUAUAGGUUCGGAGAACGCAGGAAAGACGGGUCUCCGGAUCCCCGAGAUCAGCACCUACUGGAUUUUUCUGAAUCCGACUACCCCUCUUCAUCUGCAAACAGUCGAAAAGAUAAAUCUCUACGAAUUAUGAGCCAAAAGUUUGUCAUGCUGUUCCUCGUCUCCAAAACCAAGAUUGUUACCCUGGAUGUAGCUGCCAAAAUCCUCAUAGAAGAAAGCCAAGACACCCCGGACCACAGCAAAUUCAAAACAAAGGUCCGGAGGCUCUAUGACAUAGCUAAUGUUCUGACCAGCUUGGCUCUGAUAAAGAAAGUUCACGUGACAGAAGAGCGAGGCCGUAAACCAGCCUUCAAAUGGAUCGGGCCCGUGGACUUCAGCUCCAUUGAUGAAGAACUGUUGGACGUCUCGGCAUCCGUCUUACCAGAAUUGAAAAAGGAAACAUAUGGCCAGAUCCAAGUGUGUGCAAAAGAGAGACUGGCGAGAUACGGUUCCUUUAACACGGUUCAGACAUCUGAGAAGAUACAGAGAAAAGUGAACUCAGAACCCAGCAGCCCACAGGGAGGAAAACAAGGGUCAGCCUAUUCCCUGGAAAUUGGAAGUCUGGCAGCCAUCUACAGACAGAAAGUAGAAGAUAAUUCGCACGGGGAAGCCUUUGUCAGUAAGAGAGCGGUGCCUCCAGCCAGCAGCGUCUUGGACCCUGCCCUCCCCGUGGACUCCGAGUACUGUGUCAAGCCUUUAGCCCAGCCCGUAUUUUCUGUUGCUCAAACAGAUUUGCCGCCCUUUUCCACACAGAAUGGUCUAAGUGGACAAGUAGGUGUCCCCAUUCCUUCUGCAGCCUCUGAUGCAGAGAGCUUAAAGCCAGCUCUGCUCACCGGCCAGCCCCUGGUCUACGUGCCCUCCACCUCACUCUUCAUGCUAUACGGGAGUGUGCAGGAGGGACUGUCCCCAGAGUCAAGGUCAGAGGAGGACGGUGGUGGCUCCAAUGUCCCAGCUGACCUGUCAGUGGCACCCUCUGCUCAAAAGCGCCUGUGUGAGGAGAGGAAUCCUCAGGAGGAGGAUGAACCCGCCAUGAAAAGACAAAGUCAGGAAUUUGAAGACAGCCCCUUAUCCCUAGUUAUGCCCAAGAAACCCUCCAGUUCCUCAGACCUCGCCUGUCGUGUGACCAUGGGAAACGGGAGGUCUACACCCCUGGAAGACGUCCGUGUGAAGGAUCAGCUCCCUGUUGCGGAAGAAGUUUCAGGAAAGGCUGUCCCAGACGGCUUCGUUGCUUCUGAAUGUGGAAACCCAUCAAGAAAUCCAGACACCGAAAAGUCUUCCAACGAAAAUGAGAUGACCAAAGACCCCUCCCUGCUGCCGUAUCUGUAUGUGCAGUCUCCCGCAGGGUUAAAUGGUUUUAACAUGCUUUUACCAGGCGGUCAAACCCCGCAUGCCAUGGCACCCUCCUCAGCUCAGCUGCCAUCCUUCGGUGUACCCUGCAUGUUCCUACCGUCUCCAGGCCUGGGCCCCUUUCCAGUUCUCUAUUCUCCCGCGAUACCUGGGCCCAUCUCUUCAGGCCCCGGCACUCUCCCAAACACCGGACCCAUGAACUUUGGCUUGUCCACCCUGGGAUCUGCCUCUCACCUUCUCAUCAGCCCAGCAGCCAUGGUCAAUCCAAAGUCCUCCACCCUCCCUUGUGCAGAUCCUCAGCUUCGGUGUCAGCCCUCACUAAACCUGAGUCCGGUGAUGCCAGGCUCACAGGGUGUCAUCCGCCCCGAGUCCCCCGGUUACGUGAGACAUCCGGUAUCCAUGGUAAAGGCAGAGCAGUCCCCUGCACCAGCGACUCCCAAGAGCAUCCAGCGGAGACAUCGGGAGACGUUCUUCAAGACUCCCGGCAGCCUUGGCGAUCCUGUCCUUAGAAGAAGAGAAAGGAACCAAUCACGAAACACAAGCUCAGCCCAGAGGAGACUAGAAAUCUCUAGCAGCGGGCCUGACUAGGCUGAUGCUUCAGUGGAUGGGGUGGCCUCAGUAUCUGACGUUCCCUGUUGUCCCAGACAAAUGUCUUAAGUGGAACAUGGGCCACCCCGGUCUUCGGCUUGUGUCCUUGCUCUCUCGCUUGAUCCACUGGUUCUGCUAACUUCCCAAUAUCAUGAGUCAUCUAUUUUCCUGGAAGUAAUUAUUACUAAUUAUGCAUCUAACAUCACCUGGCGUCCAGGCUGUGCACAGUGUCACUGCGGUACAGCCGUGUGACUGCUUUGGUUUUUCUGAAGGGGGGUUGCCUAGCACUUAACCAGGGUAAGUGUUGGUGAGUGCCUUUUCACCUGCCCUGAGCAAGUCUGUAGUGAGAACUGUCUCUGCAGCCUAAACACGCUACUGCUUCCUUAGGCUCCGGGAAGCCACCUUCAGUCAGGAAUCCUAUGGUAUUAUUUAUUUUGUCCCUGAAGUGGGACUUUACUGCACAAAGUUUACAACGUAUCAUCCUAACAUAUGUCUUCAGGGUAUCGUGACUUGAAUGUUUAUACUUUGUUUUGUUGUUGUUGUUAUGAUUUGCCCUGCACUUAUACUACAACUUAUUAAUAACGUGGAUAAAUGUAUAUACGUGAUAACUGUCGAGACCAAAAUAACUGUGAAUGCUACACCUAGCCAUUAAUGAACUGUGCCGACCUCUCUGGGGGUGUGGGAACGAAAGCUGAAGUCUAGGUGCCUCGUGACCGCUCCUCCAGCAACGACCGACAAUGAGGUCUCACUGUUUGUUUAAAACAAAACAAAUCCUCCUGUGCUCGUCUCCCUUCACUCCUAAUUUAAACGCUCACUGUAGAGUGCCGGGGUGCGUGCUUUCUCACGGAAGCCAUUUAUAAUAAUCAGGACGACGGAGCAGAAUGGAGACCGUUAGAACCGGAACCUGGAUGAGAGUUUCGGUUGAAUUAUGAAGUACGGUGAACAAGGAGACAGAGCAGUAGACAAUUCUCUUAUUCUCUCUUUCCUUUACACAUUUUCCUUGUGUUCGGAGGAGAAGAGGAGGGGCAUCCUGUCCAUUUCCAAGAGUGUUCAUUCAUACGUUCCGCGGUCCUCCCGGAAUAAGCACCGUGAGCACAGGGGUCGGCUGUUCUAACAAAUAGUGCUGGAAACUGCAGGUGGCCCUUCGUGAGCCGAGUUGCUUUAGGGCUGUGUUCUCCACUGAUGUCACCACACUCUUCAAAGUAAACCUUUACUCUUCUACUUCCUUUUCUCCUCUUCUUCCGAUCAGUUUUCUAUUUAAGCUUCUUGUAGUUAGAGUCUUAAUAUAAGACUAUUUUUUCCUUUGUAUUUUUGUACCCUGCAAAAUACUAUAUAAAAGGAUUAAAAAAAUAUUAAUUUAAGAGACUCUGGGAGUCUGAUCAAAGUAGUUUUAUAUUAACCACAGGAUACUUUUAACCUUGCUGCCCCAACACUAGCUUUGGGAAGACUUGAGAUAGGUAGCCAGUUUAACAUAUUGGCUACUUAAUCAAAUUCUUCCGUCAACACUAAACUUAUAAAGUUGCAAGAAAAGGUAUUCCCUUUUUUAAAAAAAAAAUUUUUUUUUUUUUUUGAGUCAGGUAAAAAAUUGCAUGGUGUCUACGACUCUGAAGCCACACUGCUGGUUCCUUGCUGGAACACGAAGUAAACCCCUUUUCAGGAGUGUAUCGGACAUGCAGUGAGUGAGUCUGCUGUGCACUGCUUGCUUUUGAGAUCCGUCAUGCAUAGGAAUUUCCACAAAAGCAUUUCCGUCAAGAAACACGUAUUUCAUUACAAACACAAACCUUGUUUCUUCUCUCGUUCCUGGAUAGUCUUCAUUUAUUUUAACCUUUUGCUAUUCCUUAUUAUUAUUAUUAUUAUACUCAAUAUUCUGUUUGUGAAUUGACCAUAUUAACCUCAGAGAAUUUAUGAUUCUUGGGAGGCGUCCAGCAAUUCCAUCCAUGGAAAACAAAAGUUACGUCUGUAUUAGGGUCCCACUCGGUGUGGCUUCUGGCUCCUCCGGAAGACUGGGCUUUGAAGCUGUACAGCUAGACCCGGGUGCCUGAGCCGGAGAAGCGGCGGCUUCUCCUUUAAUGCAAGAAGAUAUAACUGUUAAUGGAGGGCACCGGCUUUGAGUCAGCACAGAGGGAGGUGUGCUGUCUCAAACCGUGCCAUCUGGGGUUUCCAAAACCCUUGCAUUCCGGUACAAGAAUUGGGGGUAUAACGUAUACUUGAACCUACAUGCUAAGUUUACAUUGCCCAGUGUAAGGUGCUAUUCCUGUCCUUAAGUAACUGAUGUAAAGCUGCUUCCUGCUUACCUCGUUGCACUGCUAGGCUUACGUAGGUGUCCAUUCUAUUGCUGCUUGCCGUUCCAUGGUCAUGGGUUUUGGCUCUGCUCUUUCCUAGUGGCUCUCUUCAUCUGUAGCCAAUCCACUUGUAAAGCUACCACCAUGUAAACCAAUCUCUUUCCUUUUAGAAAAAUACUAAGCUUUAUGAAGUAGCAAUGAAAAUAAAUGCAUUUAGUAAGACGUGUGUUAUGUUA